GCGUUUUAUUCUUUACUAAAUUGACGAGAUUACGAUAACCAUGCAGUCACGCUUGUACAAUCCAUGAUUACUUUGUUAAAGUAAGUGUAAUUAUUCAGGCUUUUUUUUUGUUUGCGUCUUUAGGGUCCUUUUGCAAAACCCCUUUUCCUGACGCUACCUAAUUCCUUCCUCUAAAUAUGGGGUUUACAAUUUCUCAAUGAAAACACGACCUGCGCUCACCUGGCUGCACGUCUUUGCCGUUGGGAGGAUUUCCAUUUUGCAACUGUCUAUGGGGAGAUGACUGCAACUGAAAUGACUCAAAAUGCAUAGUAACGACAUGAUGUCUGUGUAACUCUUGGCCAUUCAAAACACGGCUAGCAAGGGAAGUAUCGCGGAAAUAACGGAUACCGUGCGUGCGGGUCUUUGGUGAUACAUCAGCAAACAAGACUCCGCUGCAGAAUCCACGGUUAACGUUAAAAACGCGAGCACCAUUUCCGGGCUCGUCACGUCGGCUAUAGUGGAGCGGGACGUCGGGGUGAGAGGCGCGGGGAGCGGAGUGGUGUCGGUUAACAUACCCGGGUUGGUGGACGACAGCAUGGCUACGGGAAAGGGAGCUGGGAAGCCCGCCUCGCUGUGGGACAAUAUGAGGAUACGCUUCAUUGUUUGCUUCCUCGGAGUCUUUGUGUGUUACUUUUAUUACGGAAUAUUGCAAGAGACAAUCACUCGAGGCGAUUAUGGUCAUGAGAAGUUCAAGUUUGCCCGGACAUUGGUCUUCAUCCAGUGCAUCAUCAGUUCUCUUUUUGCUAAGAUCUUGAUCCAGUUUUUUGAGGGCUCCAAACCAGAUCACACCAAAAACUGGCUCUAUGGCCUGUGUUCCCUCUCUUAUCUCGGAGCCAUGGUGUCCAGUAACUCUGCGCUUCAAUAUGUUAACUACCCCACACAGGUGUUGGGGAAAUCCUGCAAGCCCAUACCAGUGAUGAUACUUGGUGUGACAAUACUGAGGAAGAGGUAUCCAAUGGCUAAGUACCUGUGCGUGUUGCUGAUUGUGAGCGGUGUUGCUCUGUUCCUCUAUAAACCCAACAAGAGUUCAGCUGUUGCAGAUGACCAUGGGUUUGGCUUUGGAGAGAUUCUGCUGUUGGUCUCUCUGACACUGGACGGUUUGACGGGCGUGGCCCAGGACCACAUGAGGGCUCGUUUCCAGACAGGUGCCAACCACAUGAUGCUGAACAUCAACAUGUGGUCCACACUAGUGCUGGGGCUAGCUGUGCUGUGGACAGGGGAAGUGUGGGAGUUUCUGAGUUUUACAGAGCGCCACCCCAGGAUCUUCUACAAUAUUCUUCUUUUUGGAUUGACCAGUGCUUUAGGCCAGACCUUCAUCUUCAUGACAGUGGUCUACUUUGGUCCUCUGACUUGCUCCAUCGUCACCACCACAAGGAAGUUCUUCACCAUCCUUGGCUCUGUUAUUUUGUUUGGAAAUGUCAUGAGUUCAAUGCAGUGGGUUGGCACCAUCCUGGUGUUCCUCGGUCUUGGAUUGGAUGCUAAAUUUGGGAAGGCGCCCAAGAAGACAACACAUUAAAACAUCUGGAGCACACGAAAAAAAGAGAGACUGAACUUAAGAUCAAAUGGAAACACUAUUUAGCCAGUAUCUUAUUUUCAUAAGACAUCUUGUACAGGCAUGCUGUAUGUGCCUAUGAUCUGUUCAAGUAUGGUCAGAUAUUUAUCUGUAUUUAAAAGACAGUCUUCAUAGUUUUCAACUCCAGUUUUGUUGUGUACUGUUGAUGUACUGAGGAGCCAUGUUUUAUUCGGGAUCAAGUCCAGAAUGAACUGUGAUGAGUCAUUAACAUAACCACAAGUUACCAUGCUUUUGUGGAGGAAAUUUGACCGGUUGAAAUAUACAGGUUGAAAAACUACUGUAUGUAGACAAAUCAUUUCUGAAACCAGCUCACCUCCUUUGGAUGUACAUUGAACCAAACAAAGCCUAUGAACUUCAUUUCCAGCAUCACUCUUAUGAACUUAUGAAUGGUUUACAAAUGUAAUAAUGACACAUAAGUAAUUUCUUACAAAACAAUUAGUCAUGCCAUUUAUAAAUUUUCAACGGUUAUAUGUAGCCUGUCGUGUCAUGUCCAACCUUAUUGUUGCAUUGUUUUUACUUUUAUUUUCUACUAGCUGAAAAUAACUUGCCAUAAAAGGGACAUUAUGUUUCA